GCUCGCCCGAUACGGUGGCUCGACUGGCUGGCGUACCUCAACGCGCUCGCCGCGGUCAAGCUGGGCGUGACGCUGGUCAAGUACCUGCCGCAGCUGCUGCUGAACGCGCGCCGCCGCUCGACUGCCGGCUGGGUCGCGGCUUUCCACUUAUGCCUCGCGCCCUUCUCGUUUAGGCAGCUGUUGCUCGACGCGGGGUGCUCGGACGACUGGAGCGCGGCGAGCGGAGGGCCGCUCUAG